AUGAAUGACAAGCUGCAUCAAUUCAAAUGUUCACCACUCACACAAAAUAUUUACAACAAGAAGAGUGUCAAAAUUGCCGACAUGAAACGAUUUAAGAGCGAGAGUGCCCUUCCAACUGAUCUUGUUUCGACUAGUAACAAUUUAUCCACUGUAACCGCCAAGCCAAAAGAAAAACCUGAAAUUCCUCUCAUUGUUACUGGCAGCGAUGAGGUACUACUGCCUGCAGUGAAUGCUGACCCCUACAGCAUGGACAACAACAGCAACACUCAGACAACAGCCAGAUCCAAACCAAAGGAUCACACCAUGCUACAAUCUCCUCCAUCCAUUUUGAGAGUUUCAAGAUCGACAGGAUUUAUCGAAACAACUUCAUCUCCAGCUCAACAUUUUCAAACCUUAUUUGAUAAGGAAUUUUGA